GACUGAGACUAGUAUGUUAUCAGCUGAUGUCGGUUUAUGAUAUAUUUUGUGUUGUGCGAAAUUAUAAUGUGAAAAGCGAUUAAUUUGAUUUUGUUUAAGUUCAUUAAUUAUAAACAUUUCAUCAACGUUGGAUACAUUUAAGUAAAUUCUACUUAUAAUAAUUCACAUAUCAGUAAUGGGUAACCAGCAAGGGAAGUCGGACAGACAGAAUGUUUUUAAUCAGGACGAAUUAAAAGUUUUGGAUGCAUGUUUUCGCUCCAUUGCUCGAUCCGAAAAAUCUGUUACCAGGGAAAAGCUAUUGGAAUCAUGGAUGACUUUAAUUGAUAAACAUUUAGCAAGUUGCACAGUUGACUUUUUAUUUUCAACGGAUCAGCAGCGCUUAGGUGCUAUUCAGUUCAAACGCUUUACGGAUCCUUUCUACAUUGUUGAUCGUGGUACAGUGACUGAAAAAUUAAUAUUUCUAAGCGAAUCCUUAAAUAAAACUGACAAUAAGCAGUUCACCAUUAAAGAUUUGGAACACUAUGUGAGUUCAGUUUUCCGCAGCUACCUAAAUAUACAAGCACAACAAUCAUCACCAGCAUAUGAGAGUUGGAAAGCACAAGGCUACCAUUCUGCUGAGCGUUCGAUUUUGGGAUUUUCGAAAGGAAUAAUAAGGACUUUUACUUUUGACAACGAUCGUUAUAUAUUGUUGGAAAAUUUGGAACGUUGGCUCCAUUUAAACCCUGUCUUUUUACAAAUUUGGAGAGAAGUUAUUGUUUAUUUAUAUAGUAAACAUGCCGAUAAGGCACAUAAAUUAAUUACGCCCUUAACUACACAUCUUUUACCUCUUUUAGAAGGUUUAUCGACUAAGGGUACGCACUAUACCCCAAUACUUGACAUUCCACAUAUAUUAUAUGUAAAUACAAAUUUACCAAACGAAUUUCGUCAUAAAUGGCGCUUUUUAUUUUCAUCGAAAACUAUGGGUGAAAGUUUUUCUACUAUGCUGGGCAAAAUCGUUAAUAAGGGCCCAACCGUUUUUAUAGUUGAAGAUGAAGAUCAUUAUAUAUUUGGUGGCUAUGCUCCGGAAUCUUGGUCAUUAAAGCCAACAUUUGGCGGUAAUGAUUCUUCAAUAUUGUUUACGUUGAGUCCAGCUAUGCGCUGUUUUAAUUCCACAGGAUAUAAUAAUCAUUAUCAGUAUUUAAAUCUUAAUCAGCAAACAAUGCCAAAUGGCUUAGGCAUGGGAGGACAAUAUAAUUAUUGGGGGUUGUGGAUCGAUAGCGAAUACGGUAUUGGACAGAGUAGUGAAAGCUGUACUACUUAUCGAGACUACAUUCAAUUAAGUAAACGAAAAGAUUUUAAAAUACGUAAUAUGGAAGUGUGGGCAGUUGGAGAUGAACCAACCAAUGAUGAUGAUUACGGAGAGACUUCUGAAGCAACAUCUGUGUUGGAUAAAAAUUUGGAAAGCCGUGUUAUGCUGGAACUAGCCGGAAAGCAAAUGCAUUCAGAUGGCUUAAGAGAACCUGAAAAUUGUUAAGAAAUAACUAUUUGAAAAAGUAAUAUAAGCAUGAAAAUUAAUUAUUAAUAUAUUUUUUAUACA